AUGAUUUCCAGUGUAUCGAACAUUAGCAAUUCUAAUAAGAAAGAUAUCAAUGAUGAGAUAGUGGAGUUGCAGAUGCCUCAAGAAAAUGGAGGAUUGAAAAGAUCAAUGACUUCAAGACAUCUUUUUAUGAUCUCGAUAGGUUCAGCAGUUGGUAUGGGUUUAUGGCUCGGAACUGGAGCCUCUCUCCAUAAAGGAGGACCUGUGGGAUUGUUUAUUGGUUACAUGAUCACAGGAACUGUAGCUUGGGCUCUAAAUAUGUCAAUCGGUGAGAUAGCUAGUUUAUACCCAGUGACUUCAGCAUUCCCACGAUGGUCAGCACAGUUUGUUGAUCCUUCACUUUCAGUUGUUGUCGGUUGGAUGCAUUGGUGGGGAAAUAUGAUUGGUGCAUCAAAUGAGUUGGUAGGUAUGGCAACUGUUAUGGGUUUUUGGCUACCAAAUAUUAAUCCUGGUGUUUGGAUAACUAUUUUUUUCAUUGUAUUAGUUUCAAUGCAUUCAUUUGCAGUUAACGUCUUUGCAGAAAUUGAAUCAUUCUUAUCUGCAAUAAAAUUCUCUUGGAUUUUCAUAGCGAUAAUAGUAAUGAUAAUAAUCAGUGCUGGAGGUGCACCAGAAGGUAAUUCAGUUGGUUUCCAUUAUUGGAGGACCGUACCAUUUAAUGAUAAUGGAUUUAAAGGUUUUCUCACAGUGUUGCCCACCUGUAUAUUUUCAUUAGCUGGUAUUGAACUCGUAGGUCUUGUUGCCGCUGAAUGUAUAUCUCCUCGCAAAUCAGUACCUAUUGCUGUGAAAUCUAUUUGGCUAAGAAUUACCUUGUUUUAUAUUUUAGGUUCCUUUGUUGUGACAAUUGUUAUGAAUCCAAAUAAUGACCAACUUUUAGGUGGAUCAGGUACAAAUGCCUCUCCCUUUGUGAUUGCAUUCAAGAAUUCUGGAUUAUCUGGAUUAGCUCAUGUAAUGAAUGUCAUCAUACUAGUAUCAGUUUUUUCUUCUGCGAGCGGCACUUUUUAUGGAUGUCCUAGAAUUUUAAUGGGCCUUGCACAUUUGAAAAUGGCUCCGAAAUUAUUCAGCAAGGUGAAUAGAAGAGGAGUUCCAUAUAUCGGGUAUAUAUUUUCGGCAUUACUAAGUGGAGGCCUCGCUUAUAUAAAUCUCAGUGAAAGUGGAGCGACUGUAUUUGGUUGGUUUCUGAAUCUUUCUUCCUUAGUUGCCCUCCUAUUGUGGUCAGUAAUAUUCAUUGUAAACAUUAGACUUCGAAAGGCAUGGGUAGCUCAAGGAAAGGAUUUAAAUAGUUUACCUUGGACGACGAAGUUUAAUCCAUAUAUUGCUUGGUAUGGGUUAUUCUGGUCAAUAUUAAUCACAAUAGUAGAAUUUUAUUUAUCGGUAUGGCCAUGGAAAGAGGUAAGUAGUGCAAAAAACUUUUUUGCAAAUUAUAUUUCUGUCGUUUUGAUGAUUAUAAUUUAUGUUGGGUCAAAGAUAUACUUCAAGGGCCCUUUUUUGAUACCAUUAAUUGAAAUCGACCUUGACAAUGGUUUGUUUCUUGAGGAUGAUAUAAUAAAUGCAAAAAAUACCAUUGAUAAAGGUGUUUUCAGAGGCUUUUACGAUGAUGUCAGGACAUUCAUUGAUGAUAAAACGAAAUAA